GGUGCUCGGCUAGUAGGUCCCUUAGCGCCGAGGCGCUCUGCAACGCAGCGCCCCACUCGACUGUCGCGACCGCGCGGCAGCCCAACGCACAAAACUGGCGGUCUCCCAGGCACCCGCGGCGGCGGCCAUGGCGCCGCCUGAGCCGCGCAGCGUCGUCGCGUGGCUGGAUACCGUGAAGAGAGGCUACGGCAAGCGCUACAGCAAGUACUUCGACGAGCUGGGCGUCGAGGACGAGGAAGAUGUCAGGCGCAUGCGGCCGGCGCGCGUUGAUGAGUUAAGGGAGAUCCUCGCGAAGGCGAACGUGAAGCCCGUGCAACUCGAUUAUCUCGCGGACGCCAUCGACGCGUGCCGCGAGAAUAGGAGGUUGGUCGGGCGGCCUCCGAACUCACCGGAAGUGCUCCAGCGGCCGCGGACGGCGCCCACCAAGAAGGCGCCCGAGGCGUCGCCUCAUUUAUUCCGGCCCGACACGUCGGCGGAACGCGCAUUGAGGAACCGACGGCCCCAGACCGCUCAACCCAAGAAGAAGGAUUAUGGAAUUGAGGACCGGCAACUCGUGAGCAGUCGACCCGGGUCGGCACCCGCCCAGUCCCAGUCCCACAGCACCGCGCGCGCGCUCAUCAUGCCGCAGCCUCCAAGUUAUUGGGCGGAACCUUCUGAUUUGCCUUCGAAUAUCGUUUCACGAAGAAGGCGGCGGCCGAAAAGUAGUUCAGGAGGCACCAAAGCAGUCAAUUGGACGCAGCGCGAGGCGCCGGGCUACGAGUCUCUCAAAAGGCGCCAGCAGACCGAGGAGCUCGGGCGUAGAAGACGUUUAGCGUGUCUGGGUAGCUGGGAAAAUGAUCCCGACCCGCGCGCGCCCUCGGACGAAAAAACGUGUAGAGUCAAAAGGGAUCCGGAAAGCGGCAUCUGGCAGCUGGCCAUCGACCCGAAGCGCCAGGAGAUCUACGAGCGGAUCAAGAAACCGGUCCGGUUGGACGGCGACCAUCGCGCCGCGAUCCAGAAUCGGGAGAAGUUCCGGCAAGAACAGGCCCAGAAGUAUAAACAUAGGGUCAAAGUGCAAAAGGACCAGUCGGGUCUCUGGGCCAUGGACCUCACGAAGGACGGCGAGGUGAACGAGGGUCGGCAGGAGACGUGGCAGCGCGUCGCGCAGCCCUUCCGCAUCCGCGGGACGCACGUCCACGCCAUCGCCACCGCCAAAGCCGAGGAGAAGGCGCGGCGCGAGAACGCGAAGAAGUUCUACUACGACUCCGCCGAGGGCCGGGAGUGGUGCGACCGCGUGUCCCAGCCGCUCCGCGCCGCGGCUAAGUUCAAAGGGUGA